CAAGCCGGAGCCAGAAACACCUGAAGAGGGCAAGAUGAAGUUCCGCAAAGAGCUGUGGGUACGACCCCGGAGAAGGAGGCCCAAGAUGGCGGAAGCGGCGCAGUCUCCAGGAGACCCGGGGACAUCGCCCAAGCCGUUGUUUGCAGGCCUUUCUGAAAUAGCCAUUUCCCGUGACAUUCCUAUUGAAGGCGAAAUCACUAUUCCUGUGCGAUCCAGGAUUCGAGAAUUUGACACUUCUACAUUGAAUGAAUCUGUCCGUAACACCAUUAUGCGUGAUCUCAAAUCAGUUGGGAAAAAGUUCAUGCAUGUUUUGUAUCCCAGGAAAAGCAGUGCCCUUUUGAGAGACUGGGACUUGUGGGGACCUUUGAUCCUUUGUGUGGCACUGGCACUGAUGCUGCAAAGAGGAUCUGAUAAUGAAAAAGACGGAGGACCCCAGUUUGCUGAAGUAUUUGUCAUUGUCUGGUUCGGAGCAGUUACCAUCACACUCAACUCAAAACUUCUUGGCGGAAACAUCUCAUUUUUUCAGAGUCUGUGUGUGUUGGGUUACUGUAUCCUCCCCCUGACAGUAGCGCUACUGAUUUGCCGAUUGAUACUCUUGGCUGAACAGGGACCCAUAAACUUCAUGAUUCGUCUUUUCGUUGUCAUCGUAAUGUUUGCCUGGUCUGUCAUCGCCUCCACCGCGUUUCUUGCUGACAGUCAGCCACCCAACCGGAAGGCUCUCGCAGUUUAUCCCGUUUUCCUCUUCUACUUCGUUAUCAGUUGGAUGAUUCUCACCUUUACUCCCUAGCAGCUCAGUAAAUGUGUGAACUGGAAACGCAUCUUUCAGAUGCAGUUUACCGUUCCACUUA